GUAGUGAAGUGGUGAAUAAUGCCUGGUUUGUUUAAAGGAGCAUGACUGAUUUUGGAUGAAGGAUCCUGUCACUUUGGCAUUUUUAGUUUUAUUUAUUGCAUGCAACUGUAUAAAACCUGGUGCUGGUCUCCGUGCCAGGCUUACUAGUGGAAAAGCUGAAGGGACCACAUAACUUCUGGUGCAGCAAAGAGGUUCUACUUCUGCAAGGCAUUUGCUGGACUCCUGAAAAAUUAUUUUGAAUAACAUGGCAGAGAAGGAUUUCAUCAGUUGGCAUCUACUGGCUUUAUUUUUUCUUCCAUUUUGCCUGUGUCAAGAUGAAUACAUGGAGGUGAGCAGAAGAUCUUAUAAACCCGUGGCCAAAAUAUUGCAAAGUCACCACCAGACUGGUCACAAAGGUUCCAGAAGCAGGGAAAUAUUGAAACAGCGGAAUCAACUAAUAGAGUGGACUGUUGUUAAUAGCACAUCUACAGACCAUAAAGUCCUGAGACCAGAGGUAGAUGAUGUAGAACUGACUACCUCAGAUAGAGUCCAGCCCCCCCAGCCUGGACCACAGAAUCCAGACUGCAGUUCCUGCUGCCGAGGUGACUUUGGAGUUCGACUCUACCAAGGGCCCCCAGGACCUCCCGGGCCCCCUGGGAUGCCAGGAAAUCAUGGAAACAAUGGAAAUAAUGGAGCAACUGGCCAGGAAGGAGCCAAAGGUGAGAAAGGAGACAAAGGAGAUAUGGGACCAAGAGGAGAGCGUGGACAUCAUGGGCCCAAAGGCGAGAAAGGUUACCCUGGGAUUCCCCCAGAGCUGCAGGUCGCAUUCAUGGCUUCGAUGGCUACUCACUUCAGCAACCAGAAUAGUGGGAUCAUCUUCAGUAGCGUUGAAACCAACGUUGGGAAUUUUUUUGAUGUCAUGACCGGCAGAUUUGGUGCUCCAGUGAAUGGGGUGUAUUUCUUCACCUUCAAUAUGAUGAAACAUGAAGAUGUGGAGGAAGUGUACGUGUACUUGAUGCAUAAUGGUAAUACAGUCUUCAGCUUAUAUAGCUAUGAAUCCAAAGGGAAAGCAGAUACUUCAGGAAAUAGUGCAGUCCUAAAACUCGCCAAGGGAGAUGAAGUUUGGCUGCGAAUGGGAAAUGGAGCCCUCCAUGGGGACCAUCAACGCUUCUCCACCUUUGCUGGGUUUCUUCUUUUUGAAACCAAGUAAAAAAAAAAAAAGGAAACAACCCAAUGGAUAUUUAUCUGAAGAAAAAUCUUUUUUGGAACUGGUAUUUUUCACUGGACUGUGAAAUAACAUUACAACAUUGGAGGAUGAAGAAGCUUUGUUUUGAUGCAAUGUGUUGCUACUUGUGUGUCAGAGAUCAGCUGAAUACAUUGGGCAGCUGACACAGAUUCACAGAUGACACACAGAUGUCAUCUGGGUUGCACCUAUUGAAUCAUUAAAUGUUGCUAUUCCUCUCUUCCCCAAAAGUGAAUGAAAAAAAAGGAAAAGGAGUUUAAAGAAUUUAAAGAGCAGUUUACAUAAAUUCAAUUUCAUCUCUAAAUAUACGCUAAUUAAGUACAUGUCAGGAACUGAACAAUUGUUUCAAAAUUUCCUAAUAACUUAUUCAGUUCUCGUUACAUGUUCAUUUAAGUUUGCACCAUGGAAACAGGCCUGAAUGUAUUAUAAGCAGGCUCAGGUGAGACCAGAUCUAAAGGAAGAAGUUUGUAUUGGAUUGGAAUGAACUCAAAUAGAAGAAAAAAAUGUGAAAAUACAGAUGUCAAGGAUUCAGGUUUAUUGCAUUCCCAUCUCAAACCUCUGAAAACGUAUCUGGUGUCAUUUUUCACAGAUUUUUAGCAUAUAUUUAUGCUUACUCUCUCUCUCUUAGAAGAAGAGUGUUAGUAGUUCUUGCCUUAGUAGCAGCUUGAAGCUAAGGUAAUUUAGUUUGCAGUGUGAAGGGGAUCAGGCAGGGGAACUGUAAUGUUUCCUCCUAGCCUUAGAAUUUUUGAAACCUGAUGUAACUAAAUGCAGGGUGUCAAAGCAGAGGCAUAUAUGCUAAAGAAAUCAGGAUAUGCCAACAGCACAGAGAUACACAAACUUUGUGGUGUUUGGAGCUCCUUCAGAAGGAUGUACCUUAUAAUAUUGCAUAUUUACUUAACAGUGAAGUUGUUGAAACAGUUUUCCUAGCAGCCUUCCAAGAAUCAGUAUUUCAGGAAAAGACAUUGCAAAGCAGCAGCAGCUAAGCCAGUUCAGUAUUUAACUGGUGAAAGCAAAUACUGGCUGGCUCAGAAGCUCUGGUCCCAAUACACUGGGCCACUCUUCAGCAUUCAUAUUUGUCACUGGCUUUUCAAAAUUUGGGUACCUGAAAUUCUGUCUUGCUAUUUUCCUUUGAAUAAGAUCAAAGUCAAUACUGAAGUUUGAAUGUAUCUUAUUCUGGCUCUCCAUACGUAAGUUAAUGAAAUAUAAAUUCUUUUUUAACAGACAUUACAUUUUAAUCAGACAUUACCUGCCAUUAAUGUACAAGAAGGUGGGGUUAGGAAAACAUUUGUUUGAAAUUCUUUUAUACUGGAUGCAGGUAUCAGUAGCACAACAAUAGAGCAAAUGAAUCAAAAUUUGCCCUACAAAUUUGUAUGUCCUUGUACACGUUCCUAGUGUAUGUAACCACAUCUUAUGAAGAAAAAUGCAUGUUGAUACUUGAUGAUUAUGACUUGUGAUUUUUUAGUUUUAUGCAUCAACCACUGAAAAUGUUAGCUUUAAUGAACUGUUGUUGGAUGAGUUUUUAUCAUUUCUUUAUGAACUUAGGUCAGGUUUGCGCCAUGCAGGUUUUUAAAACCUGAGACCAUGUUAUUUUGUUAAGCUUACUUUGUAAAACAUACAUUUAUCCAAUAAAGAUUAAUGGUUACAAAACCA